UGACUCAUUACCAGCGUUUUCUGAUCUAGGGCACAAAACCGAACCUCCCGACAGUUGAUAAAAAAUUAGAGCAGUUAGAGCUUUGAAUUCGAGCUACAAUGUCUUCGCGACACGAAAAUAGACACGCCGAUGGGGAUGGAGGUGGAGGUUCUUCACCUUAUGAUGUGUUUGAAGAUCGGGAUUCACAAAUUCAGAAGCACAAAGGGCGUGAAGAUAGUGAGAGAUCAAAGACUAGAGAGCGUGAAAGAGACAGAGAUAGGGAUAGGGGAAGUAGAGACAGAAGACACAGAGAUUAUCCAGAAAGAAGUAGCAGAGAUGAGAGAGGAAGGGAUAGAAAUGAAGAUGACGGGCGUUCAAGGAAUCGUGACUAUAGCAGGCGAAAUGAUUAUGAUCGAGAAAGAGAGAGGCAUCACAGACACAGAUCACGUUCUGCAUCACCCGAUCGAUCCCGCGAAUCAUCUAGAUCUCGUUCAAAAAGCAAGAGAACAAGUGGUUUUGACAUGGCACCACCUUCUGCUGCAACUAUGCCUGGAGCAGUUGAAGGCAAAUGUUGAUGUCCCACUUUGGAAUCAGCUGGAUCUUGUUCUUCUUCGCCUUCAGACAGCUUGUUAUUUGGUAGGCUUACACAGCAUCUGCAGUGAAAGGAUAUUUAUUUCUUAUCAUAUUUAUUACUCAAUCAAUCAAUCAAUCAAUCAUGUUAUACAUCUAGGACAAGUGACAGAUGCUCCUCAAGCAAUGCCUGGAAUGUUCCAGAACAUGUUUCCUUUUGGUGCAGCACAGUUGGGAGGUCUUCCCAUGAUGCCAGCUCAAGCGAUGACUCAGCAGGCCACAAGGCAUGCACGUAGGGUAUAUGUUGGUGGAUUGCCCCCUUUGGCCAAUGAACAGACAAUAGCAACCUUUUUCAGCCAUAUUAUGACAGCCAUAGGAGGAAAUUCUGCUGGACCAGCAGGUGAUGCGGUGGUUAAUGUGUACAUUAACCAUGAAAAGAAGUUUGCAUUUGUGGAGAUGAGAACAGUUGAAGAAGCAAGUAAUGCCAUGGCAUUAGAUGGGAUCAUCUUUGAGGGAGUCUCUGUGAGAGUGAGAAGACCUACAGACUAUAAUCCUUCAUUAGCUGCAACUCUUGGCCCCAGUCAACCAAAUCCAAACCUUAAUUUAGCUGCUGCUGGACUUACCCCUGGUGGUAUUGGUGGAGCUGAAGGACCUGAUCGUAUAUUUGUUGGGGGUUUACCUUAUUACUUCACUGAGGUACAGAUAAGAGAGCUGCUAGAAUCCUUUGGGCCACUGCGUGGGUUUGACCUUGUGAAGGAUAGAGACACUGGAAACUCUAAAGGAUAUGGUUUCUGUGUCUAUGAGGAUCAAGCGGCUACAGACGUUGCUUGUGCUGCACUUAAUGGCUUAAAAAUGGGGGAUAAAACACUCACAGUCAGACGUGCAACCAUCAGCAGCGGGCAGAUGAAAUCUGAACAGGAGACCAUUAUGGCCCAGGCUCAACAACAUAUAGCUAUGCAGAAAAUGGCCUUACAAGUUGGUGGGUUUAAUCUUCCUGGAUUACCUAGAUUACCUGAUGAGAUUCCAACUAAAGUCUUGUGUUUAACUGAGGUGAUCAAUGCUGAUGAAUUGAUGGAUGAUGGAGAAUAUGAAGAAAUAUUAGAGGAUAUGAGGGAAGAAGGACGAAAAUUUGGCGAUUUGACAAAUGUUGUAAUUCCACGUCCUGAUCCAAAUGGUGAACAUGUUCAUGGUCUUGGAAAGGUGUUUCUGGAAUAUUCUGAGCCUUCUGAUUGUGCCAAGGCAAAGGAUUCUUUGGGUGGCCGGAAAUUUGGAGGGAAUGUUGUGACGGCUGUUUACUAUCCGGAGGAUAAAUACUUGCAGGGGGACUACGGAGCUUAGAAAUAUCAUUAUUGUUUUUUUUUUUUUUUUUUUUUUUUUUUUUUUUUUUUUUAAAUAUAUAAUUCUCUCUUUUUUAUAUUUUGAGAAAGUAAGUCGACAAAAUUCAAGGAUAGUUGGUUGAGUUGAUGGAACUCUCUUUGAACGUUUAAAUUUUAUAAGUAUCUAAUGUAUUAAUGAAAAUUGCAAUAUAUAUAUAAUUCGAUAGGAUUUAUCUUU